AUGCAAUACAAGAAGACUCUAGCCUCCGCUGCUCUAGCCACCUCCGCCAUGGCUGCCUACGUUCCAUCCGAACCAUGGUCCACUCUAACUCCAUCCGCCACUUUCAAGAGCGGUCUAACCAGUUACGCCUCCACCUUCGGUAUUGCUGUUGAACCAAUCACCACUGCUAUCAACGGUACUACUUACGGUCUAUCUUCUAAGGCUUCUUCCACAUCCAUUGCUACCUCCAAGGCUAAGAGAGAUGCUGUUUCUCAAAUUGCCGACGGUCAAAUCCAAGCUACCACUGCUACCAAGAAGACUGCUGCUGCUGCCGUAUCUCAAAUCGGUGAUGGUCAAAUCCAAGCUACCACUGCUACCAAGAAAACUACCGCUGCUGCCGUUUCUCAAAUCGGUGACGGUCAAAUCCAAGCUACUACUGCUACCAAGAAGACUACCGCUGCUGCUGUUUCUCAAAUCGGUGAUGGUCAAAUCCAAGCUACCACUGCUACCAAGAAGACUGCUGCUGCUGCCGUAUCUCAAAUCGGUGAUGGUCAAAUUCAAGCUACCACCAAGACUACUGCUGCUGCCGUCUCUCAAAUCGGUGACGGUCAAAUCCAAGCUACUACUGCUACCAAGAAGUCUACUGCUGCCGCUGCUUCUCAAAUCGGUGACGGUCAAGUUCAAGCCACUACUAAGAAGGCUUCUGCUACCGCUGCUUCUCAAAUCACCGACGGUCAAGUUCAAGCUACUACCAAGACUGCUUCUUCCGCUGCUCAACAAACUGACGGUCAAGUCAACACCACCAACGAAGAUGUUACUUCUUCUGACCCAGUCACCGCUGUCUCUUGUAAGAACAAUGGUACUCUAUCUAUGACUCUAAAGGACUCCAUCUUAGUUGAUGGUAAGGGUAGAGUUGGUUCCAUUGUUGCUAACAGACAAUUCCAAUUUGACGGUCCACCACCACAAGCCGGUGCCAUCUACGCUGCUGGUUGGUCCAUGACUCCAGAAGGUAACCUAGCUAUUGGUGACAACGAUGUUUUCUUCCAAUGUCUAUCUGGUAACUUCUACAACUUAUACGAUGAACACAUUGGUACUCAAUGUACUCCAGUCCAUCUAUCUGCCAUUGAUUUGGUCGACUGUUAG